CAGCGGUACUCGACGGGCGGAUCGUUACGGCAUUCACGCUCUUUCAGUGUCCCGAAGCCUACAGUAAGGAGCAUAGUACGCGGUUGCAUGGUAUGUUAUUUCGGACCCUGGCCCGUAGAGCUGCAACUAUCCGCUAAACACCACACCACUCUACUGCAACUUGAUUGGUAAGGCGACUUUUCGGUGCUUACACCUGUAUACUCCCAUUACGAGCACUCAAUGAAGGACUUGCGCUGUUGUGAGAGCCCAGCAGCUCGAGCCUCGGCAUCUGUCUCCGCAUUCUCUAAGUUCUCCCAGGCUCACCACAUCCGAGGGAUCUCGUUGGCUUUGUUAUGAUGCGACACAGCUACGAUGGCUCUUUGUAUCAACACGUGAGUUGCCGUUCACUCCAAUACUGAAGCUCUGGGAUCAACACAGCAUGGCCCAUGCAUCUAGUGCCGCUGACUUGACAGCCUCGAACCUUUUCAACUUCAAGGACCAUGUUGUCCUCGUGACUGGUGGCGCAACGGGCUUGGGCGAGAUGGCGGCCCAGGCCUUCGUACAGAACGGUGCAAAAGUGUUCAUCGCCAGCCGGAAACAGAGCGAGUUGGAGAAGACUUCUCAGCGCCUCAACCAGCUUGGACCCGGACAAUGCGACUACGUCGUCGCAGACCUCAAAGACAAAGCAGGGUGCCUGGAUCUGUGCAGCAAAGUCAAGCAGAAGACUGAUCGUUUGACCGUCCUCGUGAACAACUCCGGAGCCACCUGGGGCGCACCAUACGAUGACUUCCCAGAAUCAGGUUGGGACAAGAUCUACGCUCUCAACGUCAAGUCCAUGUUUUAUACGACAGCACAUCUGCACGACCUCCUGACCAAGGGUGCCACGGCCGACAACCCAAGUAGAGUCAUCAACAUCGCCUCCAUGGCUGGCAUCAUGACUACAGAUGUCACGGCUGGUUCGGAAGGGGGGCUUUCAGCUCCUGGCCACGGCACCUUUUCGUAUGGCCCGUCGAAAGCAGGGUGUAUCCACCUGUCGAGGAUGCAGGCUAGCAAGCUUAUGCCGCAUCAUGUUACCGUCAAUUGCAUCUGCCCUGGCGUCUUCCCAUCGCGCAUGACGCAGUACGGUAUGGACGAGUUCUUGGACACGCUCGUGGCUGGACAGCCAUCCGGCCGUGUUGGUAAGCCUGAAGACUUUGGCGGACUUGUGCUGUUCCUGAGCAGCAAAGGCUCUGCGCACAUGACUGGCAAUGUGAUUGAGCUGGAUGGUGGAAGCACCAGGAGCGGUUUCAGAAGUAAGAAGAAGAAUGAAGCUCGUCUGUAGAUUUGUCUCUCGUCAGACGUGUAGCAUUCCCUGUGCAAGGACUUUUCGCCAUGUAAUCUGAUGGAUCUUCCCUCUAUAACUGUCGCAUAACGU